CGCGAUGCCAGCGCGCGGUUCUACGAGAGCAAUGCACACUGGGAAGUCCUUUCUCUACGAGGCCAUCUUGGGGUUCGCCAGGCGGUUGGCCGAAACGGACUGAAGCGCUACAAUGGUUGCCGCGAAGAAAACGAAAAAGUCCUUGGAGUCCAUCAACUCCAGACUCCAGCUGGUGAUGAAGAGUGGCAAAUAUGUUCUGGGAUACAAACAGUCACAGAAGAUGAUUCGCCAAGGCAAAGCCAAGCUGGUUAUCCUGGCCAACAACUGCCCCGCCCUGAGGAAAUCAGAAAUUGAGUACUACGCCAUGUUGGCCAAAACCGGUGUUCACCACUACAGUGGCAACAACAUUGAGCUCGGCACAGCCUGUGGUAAAUACUACAGAGUGUGCACACUGGCCAUCAUUGAUCCUGGUGAUUCUGACAUCAUCAGAAGCAUGCCAGACCAGCAGCAGGGCGAGAAGUAGAGCCAUUUUUUCUGGAUGUUAUAAAUAAAUCUGAUUUAAAUGGUCA